AUGCUGAAAGUUUCUCAGAACUAUCCCAAAAACAUCGCUACUUCGAACCAGGUAUUUCGCCAGGAAAUCGAUUUCAAGAACAUCACAAAGGCUCCCACCUACGCAUUGUUCCAGAAACUAGGCUUGAUUUCUUCUUCAUCAUCAGGAAUAAUUAACUGGUUGCCUUUGGGAUUGAGAAUCUUGAAAAAAGUGGAAAAUGUCAUACACAAAAGGAUGACUGAGAUUGGCUGUGAUGAGGUUGCCUUGACUUCCUUAUCAAGCAAAGAGCUAUGGCAAAAAACUGGAAGAUGGGAAAAUAAUGAGUUAUUUAAAUUGACAGAUUUGAAAAAAGCUGAUUACUGUCUUGCAGCCACUUGUGAAGAGGAGAUUUCUGAAAUUGUUAAGUCUAAUUUAGAUUCAUACAAAGAUUUACCACUUUUAUUAUAUCAAAUAACGAGAAAAUACCGAGACGAAUUGCGACCAAGGGCUGGUUUGUUGAGAAGUCGAGAAUUUGUAAUGAAAGAUGCUUAUUCAUUUCAUUUAGAUCAAACAGAUGCCAAAAUGUGUUUUGAUCUUUUUAAUCAAGCGUAUUACAAAAUUUUCAAUGACCUAAAAGUUCCUUUUGUUUCGGCAUUGGCAGAUUCUGGAGAAAUUGGUGGUGAUUUAUCUCUAGAAUGGCAUUACCCCAAUGAAAAUGGUGAAGAUACUUUAUUCGAAUGUAGCCAUUGCAAAAAGAUUUCAAACAUUGAAAAGCAAGCUUCCUUACCAAACGAUAAAAGUAAUGAAGCCAGUGAAGCUAGUGAAGCUAGUGAAGCUAGUGAAGUCAGUAAAGCCAGUGAAACCAGUGAAGCUAGUGUUAGAUACUAUUUAACUGAAGACAACAAUACUUUGAUUGCUGCAUACUACCCUAAAGAACGUAAAUUAAUGUCAUCUUUCAUCAAAAAGGAAAUUCCCGAAAUCAAUUUAAAACUAAAGGAUCAAUCUGAAAUCUUGAAAUUAUUCAAGGAAAACACUGAUGAAGAAAAUAAUGGAUUUAUUAAAAACGUUAUAAGAGUUAUGGAUGUUAGAAUCAAUCCAAGUACAAUAUUACCUGAUUUUCCCUCGGAAAUUAAGUUUCAACGAAAUUCCUUCACCACUCUUAACGAUUUUAGUAUAGUCGAAGCUAAGGAAAAAGAGAUUUGUGGAGACUGCGAAAAGGGUGUAAUAUCAUCUUUUAAAUCAAUUGAAGUUGGACAUACGUUUUACCUUGGUACAAGAUAUAGCAAACCAAUGUCAUUAAAAGUUAAAUCCACCGACGGCAAACAGGAUAUUUAUCUUGAAAUGGGUUGUUAUGGUAUUGGUGUGUCAAGGCUUAUGGCUGCAAUUGCUGAAGUUUCUAGAGACGAUUCUGGUUUAUGCUGGCCAUCAAUUAUUGCACCCUAUCACUUGAGUUUGAUUGUAAUACCCCAAUUUUCCAAUGAAAGAACAGCUGGAAAAGUUGAUCAAUUAAUUAAAGAGUGCUCUGAAAAUGGUAUCGAGGUGUUUAAUGGCAACACGAAUACAAACGAUUAUAGUUUAAAGAAAAGGAUCAAUGAAACUAUGUCUUUAGGUAUACCAUUAUUCAUUGUUAUUGGUGGCAAAUUUUUAGAUAAAAACAUGAUUGAAAUUGAGGUUCGACCAAGCAAGUUCCGAGAUUAUAAAACUAACAGCAGUCAUGACAGUGAAUUGGAAAUUAACAAGUUAUACAGAGAUCCAAAUAACAAAAGAAAUUGGAAUUGGGAAUUUCGCAAAGCUAUAAAAAAUGCGAGAGCUACCUAUAAUGAGACACAUGUUGUAAAUAGAAAAGGAUUCAUUCCAGUUGUUAAAGCACUUUUAAAAGAUUUGUAA